AAAACUCUAAAAGGUGUCUAUAUUAAUGACAGUAGAUACAGGUAGAGGUUAUGAGAGAGAUUGUGUUUAUUUAAAAAAAAAAAAAAAAAAAAAGCUCCUACACUGACCGCUGACGUUUCUGGAGAAAACGAAACUUACGCAGACGUAGAAGAGGAGUUCCGACAGAAGACGGAAAAGAUGGAUUUAUUCAUGAGUCGCAUAUUGUGAGGAGUUUAUCUGAGUAGGCAUAACACCUUUUGAGGAAACCACAAUGACUUCGAGAAACUAUGUAGGUGAACUGAAAGAAUUCGCGGACAAGCAGGGCUGGGUGCUGCGCUUCGAGGAGGUGGGAUGCCCUGGAACGACAUUCACUUUAAAAGCUGUCUUGAAGGACAAGGAGUAUCCUGAAGGAGUGGGCAGGAACAAGAAGGAGGCCAAACAAAAAGCAGCUGAAAAUGCCCUGAUCAGCUUGAAGGGGGAACACAUGAAUACUACUGAAAUUGUGUCAGAAGCCUCUACUUCAGCCGUUCUUCCAGUCGUUCACAACAACUAUAUGUGCUGGCUUAAUGAAUACUGUAUGAAGGAAAGUCUGACUUAUAAACCUGUGGAGAUCCCCAAAAGUGGGCCAAACCUGACUACACAAUGGUGCUACUUUGUGGUCGACGGUAAGGAAUAUCUGGGCGCGUAUGGGAAAACAAAGAAAGAGGCAAAGGAGGAAGCAGCGAAACAGGUCUACAAUGAGAUAUGUGGUAGUAAAACGACAGAGAGUGGAGAUGGAAAUAUCAGUGGGACGGUAGAUCAGCCGAAACAAGACUUAAAUCAGCCUGUGCCAGACACUGGUGGUCGAAGAAAAAGCUUAACUGCAACUAAUUUUAUUGGACUUAUAGACGAUUACUGCAAGAAAGCAGGUUGCUUCCAUGUUUUUACUGAAGACAGGCGAUGUGGUCAGGCCCAUGCUCCAAAAUUUUACUACAAGUUAAAGAUAAAAGACAAGGAGUAUCCUGUGGGUGAAGGUAAAAGUAUCAAGGAGGCCAAACAGCAUGCAGCUCAGCUGGCCUGGGCAGCUCUGGAGGACAGCAAGGGUACCUCCAUGUCAGCAUUGUGCGAUGAUGUUGCAGCUCUCAAGCUGGCCACACCAGCGAGGACGCAGGACUCUGGCUGUGCAAAAUCAAGCCUGCCAGCGACUCCGUCUGGCUCAGCUGCUUUCACCAAUUCAUCAAAACCUCCCAAGGAACAGGAUCAAAGCCCUAUUGUGAAGCCCAAAAUCAAGCUUGCAGCAAAUUUUCAAAAUGUUGCCAAGGCCAGUAAGGAGGAUAUAAUGCCCAAUUUCAAACGUGACAAUGAUGAAAACAUUGAUCGAGAGAAAUCAUCAACAAAUUCAGGAGCCUCAAGGUUCAUAUCUGAAUUUGACUCAAUCGAGCAUCUCGGUCACGGAGCUUUUGGUAAUGUUUUCAAGGCGAAGCAGAAACUUCUGGACAAGUAUUACGCUAUAAAGAUUGUUCGUUGCAAAGAAGAAGCUCUGCGGGAGGUGGGGGCUUUGUCAGACCUCCAACACCCCAAUAUCGUCCGAUACUACACCUGCUGGUUGGAGGAUUGUGAUUACCAGUGGGAGAGUUCAUCAGGAAGUUUUAGUUCUUCACAGUCUUCCAGCGAAUACUCUGGGAAAUACCUCUAUAUUAAGAUGGAGUUGUGUGAUGCCAGAACGCUCAGAGUGUGGAUAGAUGAGAAGAACACUCAGAACGUGAAGAAAUCUCUGCGAGACUCCAGGAGGAGGAAUGACAGUCUGACAUUUGCUCUGCAGAUUGUCAGCGGAGUCGAGUACAUUCACUCGAAAAUGCUCUUCCACAGAGACCUGAAGCCUGCCAACAUCAUGUUGGGACAAGAUGGAAAAAUGAAGAUCGGAGACUUUGGACUGGUUGCUGAGAGUUACGACAGUGACAACUUGGUGGAAAGAUCGAUGUCCAGGGGAACGCCGUCUUACAUGGCCCCCGAGCAGAAAGAGAAGAAAACAUAUGACCGAAAAGUGGACAUAUUUGCUCUGGGGUUGAUAUAUUUCGAAAUGCUUUGGAACAUAUCUGGCCAUGAAAGAGUGCUGAUAUGGGGUGAUGUCAGAAACCAAAACCUACCCAAAGAAUUCUGUCAACACUUUGGACAAGAGACCCUCGUUAUAAAGUCACUGCUGCGUGUGAAUCCAGAAGAACGGCCAGAAGCCAGUCAGCUCAAGGCGGACUUGGAGAAGUUCAUACAAGCAAGUGAAGCUCGUGAACAGAGAACUUGUUGAUCAUGACAAAAAAGUCUUUACAAUUUGAUCAUUUAUGACUUCAUGACUUCUACAUCGAGAAGUUGUUGAAUGCUGAGAAGAGAGUACUUUUUAACCAACUGUGUUGGUGAACAGUUGUUUGUUAUGCAGGACUUUACAGGAAGAACAAACUUCACAUCAUUAACAAGCAGUGAAUGCAUCAUGAAUUACAUUAUUCACAUUUAACAAAUGCUCAUGCUCUGGUUGUCUGAAUGGGUUCUUCUAUAGCAGGGGUGUCAAACAUAAGGCCUGUGGGCCAAAAGCAGCCCGUUACAGUCCACCAAGUUUUACCACCAAGUAAAUAGUAAAAAGUUCAAGAGAACACAUUGACUUCUUUUUUUUUUUUUUUUUUUUUAUUUCUUGACAAAAUGCAACAUUGAAACUCUGAGAUCAUUGUAAGCGUUAGACUCAAAGCUACACUGUGAGGAUGAGUCUGAACUAACAUGAUUGUAGUCAUUUCGGCAGCAUUUGUUUGGUUUUUGCAAAA